AUGAAGCUGUUAAUCUGUGUGCUGAGUGUGUGCGCCCUGGCCUCGGCCCAGGACUUCAAGGAUUGUUUGGAAAAGGAUUCGAUCUCCUGCCUGCAGCUCACGUUCUACCGCAAGGCACGCGACUUCUUCGACCAGCCACAGAUCAGCCUGGCCGGUGGCCUGUCGUUCGUAAAGACGGCCGGUCGGGAUUCCCGCUCGUACAGCGCCGACAGUGCCCAGAUCGAGUCGGCCAACAGCGUGGAGACGCGUGAGGAUGCGCUGGAGAACUACGUGUUCGAACGCUCGGUCAGCUUCCUGCGCGAGCGCUCGCUGAACCUCGAUAUGGCCGGUGCUGCCCGCAGCCUGUCCACCGUCAUCCCGGAGGAGGUGAAGGGCCAGAUGCGCGCCAUGGUUGCGGAGGCUCGCGGCAAGAAGAAGAUCCUGAAGGCGCUCCUGCCCAUCCUCGGACUGGUGAAGCUGAAGAUCGUCGGUCUGGCCCUCUUGGCCCUGCUCGGCAUCGCGCUGAUCGCCAAGAAGGCGCUGAUCGUGUCCGUGAUCGCGCUCGUCCUGUCCAAGUUCCUGUUCCUGAAGAAGCUGCUCUCCAAGAAGGACGACCACACCUCGUACCACGGUUCGUCCGGUGGCUGGGAGUCGAGCGGAUACGGUGACUAUGGUUCCCACAGCCAGCCCGCUCACUCGAUCGCCUACGCCGGUCACAAGCCCGUGCGAAAGUAG